CCACUACUUCAAAAUGAAGCGCGUAGAGUGCUCUUUUUGCAUUCUUGGAAAAAUUCCCCUGCGCUGACUUGCCGGACAUAAAAAAGCUUGCAAAGAACUACACUGGACAGCCCAAAAAAUCACAAAGAUAAACUACAAUAAUCAGAAUAUAUAGAAAUGAGUUAUCCUCCUGCUGGCGGCUAUGGCUAUCCACCAAAUCCAGGGUACCCACCACCACCACAGCAACAAGCUCCUGCACCUACUAUUGGUUUUGAUGGCCUAGCACAACCUGGAGGGGGUGGUUCAAUGCCAUUGCCAGGAGGUGGUUAUAAUGCUGGGUAUGGACAAGCAACCCCUUAUCCAUCUGGUGGAGGAAUGCCAAUGCCUGGUGCAGGGGCACCAUAUGGUCAACCUGGGGCACCAUAUGGUCAACCUGGACCUCCCUCAAUGCAGGGUGUGGCACUUGCUGCUUCUGCUGCUGUUAAUUUUAGCCAUGGAGGGUACUCUCAGCAGCAAACAUCAGGUUUUUAUCCAGCUGCUUCACAUCCUCCAUAUGCUGGUGGGGCACCACCACAGCAGUCUUAUGGAGGAGCACCUGCACAACCUCCAUAUGCUGGUGGGGCACCUACACAGCAGUCUUAUGGAGGAGCACCUGCACAACCCCCAUAUGCUGGUGGGGCAUCAACCAAACCUUCAUACUCUACUCCUACAGCAAGUCACUCUCCUAGUCCGUCGUCGAGCAAUAUACCGAAAGAACCAGAAACUCAAGGAACAGUUAAGGAUUUCCAGGGAUUUAAUGCACAAAAGGAUGCUGAAGUUUUACGAAAAGCAAUGAAAGGAUUUGGUACUGAUGAAAAGGCUGUUACUCACAUAAUAUCCACUCGCUCCAACAGGCAAAGACAACAAAUCAAGCUAGAAUUCGCAACGUUAUAUGGAAAAGACUUAUUAAAAGAACUAAGAAGCGAGUUGAGUGGAAAUUACGAGACUGCAAUAUUAGCUUUGAUGUGUCCAGCUGAUGAAUACGAUGCAUAUCAGUUAUAUUCUGCCAUGAAGGGUUUGGGAACAGAUGAAGCAGCUCUCAUUGAAGUAUUAUGCACAAGAACAAACAAACAAAUACAAGCGGCAUCACAUGCAUACAAAAGGCUGUAUCGUAAAGAUUUGGAAAAAGAAAUUCAUGGCGAAACAUCGGGUCAUUUUAGAAGACUGUUGGUGUCCUUAGUACAAGGCUCUCGAUUAGAAAACCAACCGCUGGAUCAUCGCAAAGCAGCAGAGGAUGCUCAAGCACUAUAUCAAGCAGGCGAAGCGAGAUGGGGAACAGACGAAUCAAGAUUUAAUGUUAUACUUGCUACUAGAAGUUUUCCACAACUUCGUCUUACGUUUGAAGAGUACAGGAAGAUCUCUAAACGAACCUUGCAACAGGCCAUUUCGAGUGAAAUGUCUGGUGAUCUGAAGGACGGAAUGAAAGCUGUCGUGAAAUGUGCAUCUGACAGAGCUGCUUUCUUCGCGGAGCGGCUACAUUGGUCCAUGAAGGGUCUCGGCACAGAUGAUAAGACAUUAAUUCGUAUCAUGGUUUCACGCUCUGAAAUAGAUAUGGUGCAAAUAAAAGCUCAGUUUCAAAAAAUGUAUGGAAAGACUCUCGCUAGUUUUAUCUCGGAUGAUUGCUCAGGUGAUUACAAGAAAUUAUUGUUGCAACUGGCAGGCGGAAAUUGAUACCUUGAAUUAUAUUUUCUAUUUUUUAUUUAUAAUAUAGUUCUUUUUUUAAUUCUGGGCUAUUGUCAUUUUAAAUUGUUUAUUUUUUAAUAUGCAUAUUUUUUUUCUUUUUGUCUGUGGUGGAAUUUUAUCGUUUGUUUAUAUCGUUUACCAUACUCCAACAUUUUUCAACAUUGUCAACACUGUUACUUUAAAACUGUUCACUUUAUAGAUGUUGCAAGUGAACCUAAAUUUCAGAAAAAAUUAAUUUACGAAUCAAGAAUUUUAAAAAGUUUUUCACAGAAAACUAAAAUAUACGAAGAACACAACAGAUUUUGUAGAUUAGUUUUGUAAAUAUUCUUGGUAAAUUCUUUGAUUUUGGUCAAAAUCUUCUUACUAUGAACUCUGGGCACAAUAUUUUUAAAUCUUUGUUUUUGUAACAUUUGAAACGCACCAUCAGAAAUUUGAUUCGCUCACAUCUGUAACGAGUGAAGAGAUGAUUUUUUUUGUCCUCUGUAAGCUCUACCGAACCAUACUUUCCCAUACUUAAGAAUGUAAAAUCUAUUCUUCUUCGAUAAAAAAAUUAAUAUUUUUGUGUAUAUUUAUCGAAUACAACUCCUGAUACAA